AAUCACUCCGAUAACUUUGACCAGACAUGUUUUGUUGUCAAUUUGUGAACAUUCGUCGGUGCCGUGCUCGAUGGAGGGAGCCUUUAUUUGUGUCAGUCGUUCGGUCUACGCGUUCGGAGGCAGCCGGCAGAUCCGCGACUAACGCCUCACACGUAAUUAUUCGCAGAUUUCCGUUUUGUUUAACGAUUUACGAACGUGUCGACUAUCGCUUAGCCUUGCAAUUUUAUUCGAUAAUCCACUCGGGUCGGCUACGUGUGUCCGAAAUUUUGCAAUACAAAUUCGCUCCUCGAUUCACCAAAGUAGAAGGUUCCCCGCCAAACCUCGAAGUUGCGAAACGUCGCUCACAAGUUUUAAACAUGAACAUAUAUUCGCAAUAAUUUUGACGGUAAAUUCAUUUAUUCGGAAAUGGCUGAAAAUGUUGAAACGAUAAGCGAAUUAAUCUAAACUACUGAAGUGCGUACAUUACGAAAAGAAAACUCAUAUAGUAUUGAAUUUUUUCGAAUUAUGUACUAGUCGUCAAUCAGUGAGUAAUUAUGUUGUCCAUGGAAUCAUUGUGGUGCAAUUCAGAAAGUGAACUCUCAACUUUAAAACUUAGCAAGAGCGUGAUUGAGCGACCAGAAUAUAGACUGAUGAGGCGGAAGCCGUCCAAAAGCCUCAUUCCGCAGGCUUUGCUGCACGCAAAUCCAGAAUCGCAACAAAAAUCGCACCGGCGACGAAGGUCUGGCACUUGGCCGAGAACUAGAUCCCUGAACGCGCCGUCCCCAAUACAACAGUUUGGACCAUGCGGCAGGAUUAUGAAAAAUUCCGCCAUGGUCAUGCAAAUCCAGGAUCCGGCGUCGCAGAGGCUGACCUGGUACAAGCCUCCCCUCACCGUGCUGGUCAUCAAGAAGGUUCACGACGCCCAGAUACUGGCACCCUUCGUUCAGCUAGUACACUGGCUCGUUCAUGACAAAAGCAUGGUGGUGUUCGUCGAGGCGGCAGUUUUAGACGACACACUCCUUGCUGAGUAUGGAGACUUUACGUCGGUGAAGGAACGUCUGAUGACUUUCAGAGCUAGCACCGAUGAUCUCACUGAUAAGAUCGACUUCAUCAUAUGCCUGGGGGGUGAUGGAACUCUGUUGCAUGCUAGUUCACUUUUCCAGCAAUCAGUGCCGCCGGUGAUGGCGUUCCACUUGGGCUCGUUGGGUUUUCUGACGCCCUUCGAGUUCAACAACUUUCAGGAGCAAGUCAUGAACGUUUUAGAAGGACACGCGGCUCUAACUUUAAGGUCCCGUUUGCAAUGCGUAGUGCUUCGAAAGAGUCAGGAUGACAAUAAAGACAAGAAGAAGCCGACCACGAUACUGGUGCUGAACGAGGUUGUCGUGGACCGAGGACCAUCGCCGUAUUUAUCCAAUAUAGAUCUGUUCCUCGACGGGAAACACAUCACGUCUGUGCAAGGAGACGGGCUGAUAGUGUCGACGCCGACGGGCAGCACGGCGUACGCGGUGGCGGCGGGCGCGAGCAUGAUCCACCCGUCGGUGCCCGCCAUCAUGGUCACGCCAAUCUGCCCGCAUUCGUUGUCCUUCAGACCCAUCGUAGUGCCGGCCGGCGUCGAGCUCAAGAUAAUGCCUAGCCCCGAGGCCCGUAAUUCAGCCAGCGUGUCGUUCGACGGCCGCUCCCAACUCACUCUCAGACCCGGCGAUAGUCUCUACGUGACCACGUCCGUGUAUCCGGUGCCGUCGAUAUGCGCCCAGGAUCAGAUCUCGGAUUGGUUCGACUCGCUCGCCGAGUGCCUCCAUUGGAACGUUAGGAAGAAACAGAAGCAGAUGGACGAGCUGAGCGACCUCACGCACUCGUCGAGCGACAACCUCGAGGAGCUAGACAAUAACCACGAUGAAAGACCAUCAGAUACGUGAUUGUACAACGUGUUCCCGAAAAUCGAUAAACAAGCAACUAAUCAACCUACCUGAUUCACGGCAAACCGAUAUGAGUCAAUAUAUCACGAUCAGUCGAUGAUAUUAAUAAUCGAAUAUUAAUCGCUAAACUAGCCAACACGAUUUUAUGUCAAGUUAAUAAAUAAUUCUUUGUGAUUUCCCUGCCCUAAUAAGCCACAAUAAAUCGUGCCCUGGUUAUCGAUAUUAUUUAUUUCAAUAUCGAUUUAGAAAUGAAAAUAUUAUAAAAAAAUUAUAAACAAAUAAAUAGUAGGGAUCUGUCAUACACGGCCCCUUUAAUUUGGUGAUGUUUUAGUAUUGAAACAAGGUACCUACCUAUUCAUUAUCUACUUUAAUAUACUAGAAUGUAUCUACUAUUACGUUUAAAUUAUAUUUUAUUGGGUAUUUCAUAGGGAACAUUAUAAUAUCUUAGAGAAAUAUACUGUUUUAAAGGUUGAUAAAAACAUACAUAAUCUUCACUGAAAGGUCUAUUAGACUAUUACAUAGACGUGUGUAUACAAAAAUAUAUUUUAUACCGCAUCUGACGUAAUUGUAUAAAAAUUAAGUGAUGUAUACCGACACAAUACUUUUAUUAACAUAAGGCUUAUAUAAUUUGGUUUUGUUUUAGGUUCCCUGGGACAAUAAAUAUUUAUAUUAAUUUGUUAUGUCUUUGUUGGGUACGUUGGAUGCUGUUUAUUGUGAAUUUUUGUUAAUUUUUUUUUUAAUAUCUCCAUCUUAAUUUAAAUUUAAAAGUGAAAUUUAUGUUAUUAGAUACUGAUGUUUUUGAUUAUUUUGAAUCUUUGUAUGAGAUAUGUAAUAAACAAUAAAAUUUAUUAUGGUGCUAUUUCCAUAGGUACCUAUCUAUAGUGCCAAUACAGUUUUUAGGAAAUACAUUUAGAUAAAUCCGUUUAGAAACUAAUGAAUAAGAAUCUUGUCUUAUUAAAAAUUAUCUCAAAACUAACUGUCACAGUUAAAUAUAGAUAGUAUGUACUGAGUCCUGAACACAUAACAUUUAUUUUAAAACUACCCUCACGGUAUAAGUUUGCAUGAAUUAUUUUAGUUUUAACAGUAUUCAAUUGUCGAUUAUAACCUUAGUCUUUCGUGACCACGAGAACUAGUGUUCUAAACAACAGAAAUAAUACAAUUGAAAUAACAAUAGCAAGAUUCAAUUAUUCCAAUCGAUAUUUCAUAAGUCUGUUAAAUUGUUCUUAGAAAAGUUUCGUGCACAAUAUUAUUUCUUAAAUUAUAUUACAAAAAUGAUAUAAUAUUUAAUAUCGUAUUAGGUACUAUUAUUAAAUUCAAAAAAAUACAAUUAAUUAUAAUGUUAAAUGAAUUAUUUGUAUGGUACAGGUACAUAAUUUUAUUUUAAACGAUCGAUAAAUAAGAAAGAUUUUUAACAAAAUUAAUACUGUUGCCUAAAUAAGCGCCGCCAUCGGUGAAUACUGUAUCAACAAUUCUUUACAUGACAACUAUCUGAUUUGAAUUCGAUCCGAAAUUUGUUGUAAGCUGGUGUUUGUGCUCUAUUUUAUGAGAUAACGUAUACAUUUGAAAUAAAACUGAUUUUACAGAA